AUCAUUUCAGAGCCUAGGAGUAGUUUAUGGUCRCCUAGGUAUUGCUCCACUCUAUGUAUUUGGGACAAUUUGCAUAGAGGAUAUCAAAUCUGAGGAGGGUUUAUAUGGACUACUUUCCUUUGUGUUCUGGACAAUGACUAUCAUUCCUUUWGUGAAGUAUGCCGUCAUUGUCCUGAGAGCUGAUGAUAAUGGAGAAGGUGGUAUAUUUGCUUUGUACUCAUUGUUAUGUAGGCAUGCCAAAGUGGGUUUUCUGCCAAGUCAUAGAAUUUCUGAUGAGAUUCUAAAUUAUGAGAUGGGAAGCCUUUCGAAGACCAAGGUUGACUCUAGAGCUAGAAGAGCAAUUGAAAAACAUAAAAGUAGUCACUAUCUUAUGCUGUUCUUGGCAUUAUUUGGUUCCUGYAUGGUGAUUGGKGAUGGAGCUCUAACUCCAGCUAUUUCAGUUCUGUCAGCUUCAUCAGGUCUUGAACAAUCAUUGUUGGAUAUAUCAGAUCACU